AUGCUGAGUCCCACUAUGGAGAUCCCUAUCAACCGUAACGGAGACACGAGGACGCUGGCGGAGGAUGACAGCCUUGAACAAGUUGCUAAGCUACAGUGGAGCUUAGAUGAGAAGGACCUACAGCAGGUGAUGGUGUCUGGACCCAAUCUGAAUGAGACCAGUAUUGUAUCUGGAGGUUAUGGGGGUACAGCUGAGGGAAUCAUUCCUACCAGCUCCAUUAAAGGUUCCAGUAUGCAGGACAGUAGAAGCAGCACUGCAGAAGAGGCCUCCAGAGGAGUGGCUGUAGAGAAACUGGACUUCAUGAAGCAAUGGGGCCUCAACACCUACAAGUGCACUAAACAGAUGAUCGCAGAGCGGUUUGGUCGUGGUUCUCGGACUGUGGAUCUAGAACUGGAGGCUCAGAUAGAAGUUCUCCGGGACACCAAGAGGAAGUAUGAGACUGUGCUGCGAUUGGCCAGAGCCCUGACCAAUCACUUGUACAGCAUGGUGCAGACGCAACACGCCCUCGGGGACACCUUCACCGACCUCAGCCUGAAAUCACCUGAACUACAGGAUGAGUUUGGGUACAACGCAGAGACCCAGAAGUUAUUAUGCAAGAACGGAGAGACACUGCUAGGAGCCAUCAACUUCUUUGUGUCCAGCAUCAAUACACUGGUUAACAAGACCAUGGAGGAUACGCUGAUGACCAUCAAGAUGUAUGAGGCUGCUAGGUUGGAGUAUGAUGCGUACAGGGCGGACCUAGAGGAGUUAAGCGUUGGACCCAGGGAUGUGGUGAACAUGGCCCGUAUAGAUACAGCCCAGGAGCAGUACCAGCUCCACAAGGACAAAUAUGAACGUCUUCGCUCUGACGUCACUAUCAAACUCAACUUCCUGGAUGAAAACAAGGUAAAGGUGAUGCAUAAACAGCUGCUCCUGUUCCAUAAUGCCAUCUCAGCGUACUUUGCUGGGAACCAGCAGCAGUUGGAGCAGACCCUGAAGCAGUUCAACAUCAAGCUGAGGCCCCCAGGGGCCGACAAACCCUCCUGGCUUGAGGAACCAUGAGGGAGGUAGCCACAGGAGACAGGGCAGCCCAGGAGAGGCCCUCCUAACCUGGGAAACAGCGGACCCCCCCAAAACCCUUACUAUCCACUACAGUGGACCACGGACGGACAGACAGACGGACAGGACUACGUAGAGAUGGAUGGAUGGAUGAAUGGGCCAAGGGCCUUGUAUCUAUAGAGGACUGUGUCACAAUCAGGGACUUGUCUUAUUUUCCUCUCUUUCAUGAUCUCUCCUUUUCUGUCUUUAUCCACAAAUCCUCCUGUAUAAUAUAUUAUCUCCAGUCCUCUAUGUAAGUGAUAAUGCCCGAGAAGCCGGUGUUUGAAGGAUAUAUUGGCACCGGUUAGGCCCCGAGACUGAGUCGUAUAUAUCCUACAAACACCGGCUUCUCGGGCAUUAUCACUUUUACACAACGGGUUACCAACACAUUCAAAUGAUGAUUGACAUAUUUUCAUUAAACGUUAUUUUGAUGAAUUUAUUCACACUAUUUCGUCCUUCCACAAGAUAUUCCAUACUGACUAGCUCGCUAGCUACUCCAUACUGGCUAGCUCGCUAACUACUCCAUACUGGCUAGCUCGCUAACUACUCCAUACUGGCUAGCUCGCUAACUACUCCAUACUGGCUAGCUCGCUAACUACUCCAUACUGGCUAGCUACUCCAUACUGGCUAGCUCGCUAGCUACUCCAUACUGGCUAGCUACUCCAUACUGGCUAGCUCGCUAGCUACUCCAUACUGGCUAGCUACUCCAUACUGGCUAGCUCGCUAGCUGCUCCAUACUGGCUAGCUCGCUAGCUACUCCAUACUGGCUAGCUCGCUAGCUACUCCAUACUGACUAGCUCGCUAGCUACUCCAUACUGACUAGCUCGCUAGCUACUCCAUACUGGCUAGCUCGCUAGCUACUCCAUACUGGCUUGCUCGCUAGCUACUCCAUACUGGCUAGCUCGCUAGCUACUCCAUACUGACUAGCUCGCUAGCUACUCCAUACUGACUAGCUCGCUAGCUACUCCAUACUGACUAGCUCGCUAGCUACUCCAUACUGGCUUGCUCGCUAGCUACUCCAUACUGGCUAGCUCGCUAGCUACUCCAUACUGGCUCGCUCGCUAGAAACUCCAUACUGACUAGCUCGCUAGCUACUCCAUACUGGCUCGCUCGCUAGCUACUCCAUACUGGCUAGCUCGCUAGCUACUCCAUACUGACUUGCUUGCUAGCUACUCCAUACUGGCUAGCUACUCCAUACUGGCUAGCUUGCUAGCUACUCCAUACUGGCUAGCUACUCCAUACUGGCUAGCUUGCUAGCUACUCCAUACUGGCUAGCUACUCCAUACUGGCUAGCUUGCUAGCUACUCCAUACUGGCUAGCUACUCCAUACUGGCUAGCUUGCUAGCUACUCCAUACUGGCUAGCUACUCCAUACUGGCUAACUACUCCAUACUGGCUAGCUUGCUAGCUACUCCAUACUGGCUAGCUUGCUAGCUACUCCAUACUGGCUAGCUUGCUAGCUACUCCAUACUGGCUAGCUUG